CUAAACUCAAUCUUCUUCAAUCUCCUUGCAUAUUUUAUCCUCUCUAACAUUUUCUUUGAAAUUUCUUCAUCACCAUGGGCAAAGACAAGAGUAGGGCUGCUACCUCCGGGAAAUCGAAGUCUAAAUCCCGGGCACCGUCCACAACCUCCGAGGAACGCCUCUACUACGGCGAUGGGUCGUACCUCUGGUUCGAUUCCGAGGAGGAGCGCACCCGAUUUCUCACCUUUUUCUCUAAACGGGUUGUGGCUCCCCCACGGAUCAUCCCGGAGCGCUACCCAGAGUUGCAGGGCUACGAUGACCUCGACGCGCAGCUUCAUCAAGCCGGCCUUUGGCCGUUCGUCUCCCGGGCACGAAAGGAGAUCAACCCGGCGCUGAUCCGAGCCUUCUACUCCAACCUCCGGCGUGAGGACGACGUGCUCUACUCACUUGUCAAGAGCACGCCGAUCGAGCUCACCGUGGAGCAGCUUGGGCGCAUCGCCGGCCUCCCCUUCCAAGGCGACGAUGUGUCUCACUAUGGUGGAGAGGAUUGGGUGCUCAACAACGAGGGCCUUAUCCUCAACGAGCUUGGCAUCGCCGAGCUCAAACGCCAUGCCUCGGGACGCCCAACCAUCCACUCCGCCAACCCCGAAGGCCGCCUCGCCCUCUACAUCGUCUCCCGGAUCCUCAAACCGAGGAAGCACAGCCACACCAUCAUGCACGGGGAAGACCUCAAGCUCAUCCAUGCGAUCAUGCAUUCGGCCCCAAUCAAUUGGGCAAAGUUUGUCAUGAUCAACAUGACGAUCGCCGCGUCCACCGACCACGAUCACCUCCUCCCGUACCCGUUUUUGGUGAUGGACAUCCUUGAACGGUUCAAGGUAACCACCACCGUUGGCCCGCUCACGAAGGCCACGAAGAUUUGGACAAUCAGCAACCAAACCUUCCUCAAGCGGUCGGACAACGCCGCGGCUGCCACUGCCGAGCCACGCCGCACUGCCCCUACCGCUGGCCCAGCCGAACCCCAGGCCCGGGCCAACCUUGCCUCCAUCGCCGACUCCCUCAACCGGCUCCACCUCAAAGUUGACGGGAUGGGUGGCUACCUUGAACGGCUCGACGUGGCUGUUCAACGCCAAGGAUACGCGAUGAACUCGUACUUCCAAGGCAUCAACUACGUCCCCCCACCUGAGAAUGACUUCAUUUGUGGAGAUGUUCUUGAGAGAUGCCAUGUCCUUGCAGAAUUCCAAGGAAUAACCUUUAUCACAAAACUGACUUAUGCUAAGAAGGUUAUAAUUGAGACCUUCUACAUAAGAAACAGCUUGGAUGGUUAGUCCCUUGUACACCAGAUUUCCUAGCCCUUUGGUAAGACCAAAAUCAUUGCUUCCUCCAAAAGUAACUCUUGGACCAUCAUAGGGAAUUAGAUUGCUCAAAAGGCUCGCAUCACCCGUCAUGUGUCUUGAACAGCCACUGUCUAAGUACCAGACACCUGGGUACUUAGCGGCUUCCUGUAUUAGGAGGAGGAAGAUUUUGGUACCCAAUUAAGUUUGGGUCCAGAG